UUAAUUCGGACCAAAAGAAAAUUCUUUUAAUUCGUCCACUAGUCGACAAGCCACUCUUAGGGUUCCAUAGCGUCGCCGGCGAGAAAGAGAGGGGGGAGAUCUUCGGGCGACCACCAUGGCGUUGAACCGUGGACUCCGAUCCGGCAUCAAGCUGUUGACAUCCUCCGAAGCCGCCCUUUCCAAAUCCUCAUCUCGAGCGCUGCAUGCUACUGGGGUGAAGAGAAUGGGAGGGCAUGGUCAUGAUGAGGCAUACUACCUGCACGCAAAGCACAUGUACAACCUGGAUCGUAUGAAGCAUCAAAAACUGAAGAUACCCCUCGCGGUUCUGUCGGCCUUCAGCAUUGGUGCGGCUGUUCCAGUUAUUGCCGUCAUAUUCCAGCAGAGGAAGACGGCGUCUGGAUGAUGUACUCUACACGCUGGAAGCAACGAGUCUUUGCAUGUUUCCUUCUGUUAUUUGAUAAUCCUAGCAAUGUUUGCUCCUGAGUCGUGACUAAUCCGAGACUCAGUUUUCCAUAAUAAUUAAAUGAUGGUACCAUGAAUAAUCGGAUGCAUUUGUUUUUUUCUGUGAAUGGUGUCUGAAUUGAGAUUUGAUCUGCAUCUCAAUUUGUUAGUAUUGCUGCCUGAUCAACCUAGCA